AUUGACUCACUCCCGUGUGGUAUCAUUUGGCUCAGAAAUAGCACGCUUGUGAUUUUCGCCUUGGCCUUGACCUGGGUUUUUGUGUCCCUGGUCUAUGGACUUUGAACAGAGCAUACAACGCAAUAAUAAUGGAGUGCAGAAGCAUUAAGGUAUCAUAUAAAUACUGCAUUUCUGUUCGUAAAGCUGCAUAGUGUGACGAUUUGCAGAAUUAUAACGCUGACAUCAAGAACAUGGCCGAACAGCAAGAUCAACGGGUUGAAGAUCCUGCCGUGACUAACUUCAGACGAUAUCUUCGCAUUAAGACAGUUGAACCUGAGCCAGACUAUGAUGGAGCAAUAAUAUUUUUGAAAGAGAUGGCUGGAGAAAUGGGAUUGCCAGUGCAAUGUGUUGAGGUGCAUCCUGGGAAGAUUAUUGUCAUCAUAACAUGGGAAGGAACAGACCCUACCCUGAAGAGUAUAGUGUUGAAUUCACAUAUAGAUGUUGUUCCAGCAUUUGCAGACCAUUGGAAAUGUGAUCCAUUUGAAGCCAAGAAAAUGGAAAAUGGUGAUAUUUAUGCAAGAGGCACCCAAGACAUGAAGAGUGUUGGAAUUCAAUACUUAGAGGCAAUCCGAAGACUAAUCAAGAAAGGAGAAAGAUUACUUCGCACAGUUCACAUGCUCUUUGUACCAGAUGAAGAACUUGGAGGAUUUAAAGGCAUGAAGUUAUUUGUUCACACUCCUGAAUUUAAGAAACUCAACAUGGGUUUUGGACUAGAUGAAGGUCUUUGUAACCCAACAGAGAAGUUUACCUUAUUCUAUGGAGAAAGAGCAACAUGGUGGAUUGAUGUAAUUUGCACAGGAGAUCCAGGUCAUGCCUCUAAGUUUGUAGAAGAUACAGCUGCAGAAAAAGCAAGAAAAGUCAUGAAUUCAUUCCUUGGCUACAGAGAUGAAGAAAUAAAAAGGUUGAGUACUGAGAAACUGGGAGAUAUUCAGACAGUCAACUUGGUGCGGAUGUCAGGAGGAGUAGCCAACAACAUUGUACCUAUUGAACUGAGACUGCGUUUUGAUCUUCGACUUAGCCCAAAACAAACACCUGAGUUUCUUGAGAACAAGAUAAAGGAGAUGAUAGCAUCAGCAGGAGAGGGUGUGAGCUUUGAAUGGAUUAGGAAAGGGGUGUGCUACACAACUCCCCUUGAUGAUAAAAAUGUAUGGUGGCAAACCUUCAAACAAGUUUGUGAUAACAGGAAGCUUGAAUUGGAGCUUGAAGUGUUUCAAGCAGCAACCGAUAGUUGCUAUAUACGUGCCUUGGGAAUCCCCGUUUUAGGUUUCUCUCCCAUCAAUAAUACACCUAUACUUCUUCAUGAUCAUAAUGAAUUCCUGAAUGAGGACGUCUUCUUACGAGGCAUUGAUAUUUAUGAAUCUAUCAUUGCAGCUAUAGCCAAUGUGCCCCAGUAGUAUAUGCUUCCUUGCCCAUGCUAGCCAUUUAUCAUCCAUUACAUUAUAUCUGGAAUAUAUAUCUACCUUUUUAACUAAUUACGAUACUGCAAUAAUUUUUUAGUAUUCUUAUGCCCUAAACACGAUAUACUCCUGAAACAUGUCCUCUUUUUAAUUUGUUGUCUCUUUUAGUCAACAAGAAAUAAUAUACCCUUUUUAAAAUUGGUGAAAAUUUUGAUAUCCUAACCGAACCAUGUGUACAUUGAAUCUUGACCAUAACAGCUGGUUGCACAAGUGUACAACAAGAAGCAGUAGAAUAGUACUCACAGAGUGAUAUAGUUGGAAAAAAUGUAUAUUACUACUGUGAGCUACUUUAAUAAGCCGUAUCUGGACAUUAACAACAGAAAAGAUCUUUUCACACUAACAUUUUCUAACGUUACAUCAGCAUAAUAAAAGUUUCCUAGAAUUUGUUAUGUGAAACUUAAUGCACCAGAGUAAACUAUUCAAGAGCACCUUCAAAUGACUAAAUUCAGACACUACAAAUUUUUGCAAUACUGACGUGUUGAUUAUAAUGGUAUAACCAUGGAGCUAUCCAUCUUACAAUAAAUGAACAAAAAAUGAUAAUUUGUUUAACAAACUCAUCAUAUAUUGUGCUAAAUUUUGACGAAAUGAUUAGUGCAUAUCUUUUUAGCAGCCAGGAGGCAAACUAAUGUCUCUUCUAUUGGCUUUAUAUCCUAUUGAAUUGUAUACUGAAAUAUGUAAGGGUUUGUCAUACGGUACGGGUACUCUAUCUAAGCAAGCCCAAACUGAUUUCUCUCAUGCAGUUUGUUACAAAGCUUAACUCUUUGACUAGCAUUGGCUUUGAAGUGAGCAGUUAAAUUAAGUUAUACUUUUGACAGAUGAAAACCUACAAGGUGAACCUAAACAAAGAGUUUUUUUUUUUUACAAGAAAGAUAAAUAAUUGAAUGUAGUUCUUAACAACAUAAGCUUAUGGCAAUAGAUGUUACAAAUUGUGUUAGGAAACUAGAGUCAGUAGAAGUUGACCUUUUAUUAGUGACAUAAUCAUGUUUUUCAGACUAGGAUAUGUAAAGCAUAUCUUCCAAGUUGAAUUUUGCCCAAGUCGAACAGACAGUCACAUGACUGAGGAGAGACCGAGGUAGAUUCACCUGUAUCAGCACCAUUUAUUUUCAUUCUUGUGUCAUACAGAAAGCUGGAAUUGGAUCCAAUGGUGUGCCAAGGAGCCACCGAUGCCUGUUACAUCCGUCCUUUAGGAAUUCCCGUUUUGGGUUUCUCACCCAUUCCCUAUACUCCAAUGCUAGCCCAUGAUGAUAAUGAAUACCUCAAUGAAGAUAUCUUUCUCAGGGGAAUCAGCAUCUAUGAAUCACUCAUUCAAGCCUUAGCCAAUGUUAAUUAUAAUCAGUGACCAAUUGCCAAACGUAACAACUUCAGCAAUUAUGUCUAACAAUGUAUAAAGUUGGUAUAUAUGUUGCUUUUCAUAAUACACCAUAUCUUGUAAAAUUGCAUAAACUUAUUCUUCUUAAAGUUAUGAGGUAACGUGUAAGCAAUAGCAAAACACUAUGUCUCGCUGGUAGUAUCCUUAACAAGAUUAAGAACUGAUAUACCAUAGUUACCGUAUGUACUUUUAAACACAUCUCAUAAUUAAGAAAUUUUUUCUCUCAAAAGUUGGAAUUACAAGAAAUAAUUCUGUGAAUGAUGAAAUUGUUUUUCAUACCCAGUAUUACAUUCAUAUACAACUAAUUUUAUUUUUGUCAUUUUUUGGUGUUUUGCAAUCCAAAAUGUUGAUUGAACAUUUCAAUUUAUUUCAAUAAUGCUGUGAAUGAUGAAAUUGUUUUUUUAUACCCAGUAUUACAUUCAUAUACAAGUAAUUUGAUUUUUGUCAUUUUAUGUAGUGUUUUGCAAUCCAAAAUGUUGAUUGAACAUUUCAAUUUAUGAUUAAAGAAGUAGCCAUGAUAAUUCAAUGGAUUUUUUUUUUGCUACUCCCUCACAUCCACUUCAUUGCUUCUUGUAAUUUUAUAUUUUGUAUAGACGUUACUAUGCAUAUGAGGGCAUUUUCACGGUAACUGACGUUACACGGCACAAUUUACACACUUUUCAUUGUGUGUAUGAGUAUCUCUAAAACAACAAAUGAUGGGAGUUACUCCCAUCAUUUGUUUUAGAGAUAAUCAUACACACAUUGAAAAGUGUGUAAAAUUGUGCCCUGUAACGUCAGUUACCGUGAAAAUGCCCAUAACAUCAUUAUCCAUAGCGCCCUCCAUCAGAGGAUAUAGGAAUACGUGUAAAGAGAGUUGUCAAAGAUGUGCCAGCUGCAUAUCACCAAUGCAUGCAAGGCAAUGUCUUCAGCCUCUAAGGUGGUAAUGCACAGGGUGUAUUUGAUUCUUAUUUCUAAUACAUGCAUGUUAUUCAGAAAUCUUUUUUGUUCUCAAUGUAUUGUAUUUUUUUUUAAGAGAUGUUUUUGAAUUCUGCCAAAGUUAAUUUUUUUAAGACCACAGAAUGCCAUUUCCAUUGACUGAUGGGAAGUAAAUUACACUUCUAGUGCAAUUUUGUCAUCAAUAUUAUUCUCUUACUGCAUAUGAAAAUAUCCAAGAAACAAUGUUGUUGUUCAUACACAUGCAGAGAUGAAAUAUACAUGUAAAUUCUUUUUAUCACCAACAUCUUCAAAAUUUGUGUGAAAAUUUGCCAACAAUCAUUGCCAAGUGUAUGAAUAAAAUGUUUGGUCAUUCUUCAUACACAUGAUUUUAUACAAGUAUGCCUGUGAUAUCUUUUGAAAUAUGUGUCAUAGUGUACUGGAACAAAUUCAGAGCUGAAUUAAAUUUUAUAUGCAAAAAUAUAA